UGUCAGCAGGCAGGUGCCCUCAUUGGCUGCUUGGGCCGACCGUCCUGCUCAGCACGGAUCAGCUGAUGUUUAUCUCUGUGUGGGUGAGGACAAAGGCAGCACCACACAUACCCCCCAGUCUCAGCAAACAGUCACCAGCCGAUGGUGAACAUCCCACGGCUGAGGAAACCGACCGGACGCUCUCCACCCCGUCCCCAGGUGAAGCUUGGAGUCCCGUGUCUCAGCAUGAAGCUGCUGGCCGCUCUGCCCGUCUUCUGCCUACUGGCCCUGGCCUCUGCGCAGGACAGCCCCCAACGCUGCACUUCUCCGGACCAAAUGGAUGGAAUCGUGAGUGUUUUUGUCCCACUCCAGCUUGCAUCGGACUACGGGACGUUCUCCUACGAUGCGGUUAACGAGAGGGUUUACAGUAAUAUAUUUAUGAACAACGGGAAACAGACCUGGCAACAGGUGGACAUCCUGCUGUUUGAGAAGUCCGUGAUGUACCGCUACUUCCCCCAGAACAAGACCUGCCUGAAGGGCCCGCUUACGGUUCCCUUCCAGAAAUUUGGUGUUCCCAAAAACGCCAUGCUCCUCGGCCCGGUUUUCGCUGGAACCCCGGAGAUCCCCCGCGCUGGGCUGCUGUGUAAUAACUGGAAUGUAUUUGAGCAAGGAAAUUACUAUCUGAUGACCUUCACGGAUUACGACUGCUUUCCUUUAUACUUUAUGGCUGCCAACUGGAAAGGCUGGUUCUCUGAAUCGUUCAUGAACAUAACAGUUGGGAUCCGAGACCCGACAGUCUUCACCCCUCCUCCAGAAUGUGACCAUCCGGCCUCAGAAACUCUUGCCAGUCGGCGGCUGCACCCAUGGCACCCAUGGGUGCUGUCAUCUCCGUCCCUGGGGUAAAUGCAAGUGGAGUGGGUCAAUUUCUAGAUAUUCAGGGAAUUGGGGAAGAGCUGUGAAAAUCAGUGCCAGCAGCUGUGGAGGAGAAAUCACUGUGUAUAUUUAAAGUGGAGGUUGUUUAGUCAGGGUGUGAAAGGUUAUGGGGAGAAGGCAGGAGAAUGGGGUUGACAGGGAUAAUAAAUCAGCCAUGAUGGAAUGUCAGAGCACACUCGACAGGCUGAAUGGCCUGAUUCUGCCCAAUGUCUUCUAGUUUGAUGGGGGUCGGGCAGCGAUGGAAGAUAUGACAGGACCUUGCUGAGUGUUAGAACAGACUUGAUGGGCCGAGUGGCCUCCUCUUGCCUUUCAUCCUGACCCGCCAUUUGUUUGAAUCACAAUAAAGUUUAAUAUGAUCUUG